GCGCGGAGCCUGCGGGGGCAGGACACCCUCCUCGUCCCGCAGCCCGUAGCCUGGGGAGGGGGGCCCUGCGUGGAGCUCGUCCUGAGCUGGAGAGGGGCGCCCCUUUCCCCUUCCCGAGCCUGGGGGAGAGUGAAUGGAGCUGAUCGUGAGCAGACAGACCAGACCAGAUCAGACCGGCCGGCCCCCUUCCCAAUCGAAAUCCGCCUCCUCCGCAGUCUCCAGAGUUCAGUGGUGGGGAGGGUCCUGGAGAGAACUGGCCACUCAUGAGGAGAGACCCCUCCUCGCCUCUUAAUUUAAUCUCUUUAUCUCCUUCGCCCAUCGCGGGGUCAGUUCGACCCUGACCCCCAAAACUGCCGUGUGUCUGUGGGGAGCCCUCGAGCCUUGCGUGGCACUGAUCCCGCGAAGAGCAUGCCCUUGCACCCCAUCUCUCUGUCUUUUGCUCUCCCCCCAGAUUUUUGUGGGGGAGGUGGAGCGCUGAUGUAUUGAUUCUAUGUGGGGAUAAGGUCGCUGUUUCUCAGCCCUCCCUGCACGGCUUUAACAGCUCCAAGACAACCUGGGGGAAAAGUCCUGGGGCCAGGGGCUCUGACUGGAGCUGAUUUCCGAUGAGGCAUAAGGAGGAGGAAGAAGAAGGGGUUGGACAUAAGGAUUCCUCACACUCAGUUACCCUGCCCCCAACUUAAGCAAGGGAAGGAGAAGCCGCAAUAUUAACUUGGCUUUUCUACCCCCCACCUUCUGCUGCUGCUCCUUGGAUACCUCCUUUUUCAGCAAAAAAGUGACAUGGACUUGUCCGCCCCCCACCCCCAUGGUAUUUUUCCCCCGUGAACAAAACCGAAGGAGGUUCUGGUGGAAGGAGGAGGUGCAGUAGUGAUGGCUUUUGUGUAUGUGCGUUUUUUCUCUUUAGGAAGGGGAACGUUGAGUGGGAACGGCUCUGAACGGUUCCAAGGAGGGGAAGAAAGGAAAAGGGGGUUUCUAGUGAGUAUUUUUUGUUGAGUUCAUGAGGGACAGAGCAGAAACCAGGAUCUGUAAAGUAAGAAAAGGUCAUGUGAUUCACUGUAUGGAUGCUGAAGCUUAGUUCUGUGUAUUAGCCAACAUGCCAUGAAACGAUAGCAUAAAAUCAUUGGAUUAUAAUAACUCUGAAGUUUUGGAACCCAAGUGAUGUUAAAACAAUUUAGGCCUAUUGGAAUAUGGCCACCUGUUAAAAUGCAGAAGCUAAAGGAGCUAUUACAUAUCAAAACUUAUUGAAGACCUGAAUUUCCUGGAUACCUGUCAUUUAACCACUUCCUUAAAUGACCACGAUUGGGAUCUCAUGCAACCAGUGUAUAUUUUGGAGACUAUUCUUCAAAAGGGAAUUGUGCAUUUAAAAAGCAGAGAUGACUAUAUCUUUUUUUGGAACUUACUAAAGCUAAACAUAUUUACAAAUCAUGACCAGCUUGAAGCGGUCCCAGACUGAAAGAGCUGUUGCCACUGGGGUAGCAGUUGGAACAGAUGGUGGUUCUAAAGUCCAUUCAGAUGACUUUUACAUGAGGCGCUUUAGGUCGCAGAAUGGCAGCUUAGGAUCUGCAGUCAUGGCUCCAGGGGGGCCUUCACGCAGUGAAGGUCCCCACCACCUUACCUCUACUCCUGGUGUUCCCAAAAUGGGAGUUAGGGCCAGGAUUGCUGACUGGCCCCCAAGGAAGGAAAAUGUCAAAGAAACUACCAGAUCUAGUCAGGAAAUUGAAACAUCAAGUUGCCUUGAUAGUAUUUCCUCUAAAAGCAGUCCUGGGAGUCAGGGGAGCUCUGUUAACCUGAAUGCUAGUGACUCUGUCAUGCUAAAGAGUAUCCAGAACACUCUAAAAAACAAAACAAGACAAUCUGAGAAUCUAGAUUCUAGGUUUCUUACACCUGAUGGUUACCCCAGUUCCCCUAGGAAAGCCCUUCGCAGAAUAAGACAACGCAGUAACAGUGACAUUACCCUAAGUGAGCUUGAUGUGGAUAGCUUUGAUGAAUGUAUUUCACCCACUUUUAAAUCUGGGCCAUCACUGCACAGGGAAUAUGGCAGCACAUCCUCAAUAGAUAAACAGGGAACUUCAGGGGAGAGUUUUUUUGAUUUAUUAAAGGGUUAUAAAGAUGAGAAAUCUGACCAGAGAAGCCCAGCUCCAUCAAAGCUCAGUGAACUUCUGAUAGCCAGUGGAAGCAAGGGUUCAGGAUUCUCUUUGGAUGUGAUCGAUGGGCCUAUCACUCAGAGAGAGAACCUCAGACUCUUUAAGGAAAGGGAGAAACCACUGAAAAGGCGCUCAAAAUCAGAGACAGGAGAUUCUUCUAUUUUUCGUAAGUUGCGUAAUGCCAAAGGUGAAGGAGAACUCUCAAAGUCUUCAGACCUUGAAGAUAACAGGUCAGAAGACAGUGUUAGGCCUUGGACUUGUCCAAAAUGCUUUGCCCAUUAUGAUGUUCAGAGUAUUUUAUUUGAUUUAAAUGAAGCAGCAGUCAACCGACAUAAUGUUAUUAAAAGAAGAAACACUACAACAGGAGCUUCUGCUGCUGCUGCUGCAUCAUUAGUUUCUGGGCCUUUGUCCCAUUCUGCAAGUUUCAAUUCUCCCAUGGGCAGCACUGAAGACCUGAAUUCAAAAGGAAAUCUCAAUAUGGACCAGGGGGAUGAUAAAAGCAAUGAACUUGUGAUGAGUUGUCCUUAUUUUCGUAAUGAGAUUGGUGGGGAAGGAGAACGGAAGAUCAGCCUGUCCAAAUCCAAUUCAGGUUCCUUCAGUGGAUGCGAAAGUGCCUCUUUUGAGUCUACUCUUAGCUCCCAUUGCACAAAUGCAGGAGUGGCAGUACUUGAAGUACCCAAGGAAAAUCUGUUGUUACAUUUAGAUAGAGUGAAAAGAUACAUUGUUGAACAUGUGGACCUUGGUGCAUACUAUUAUCGGAAAUUCUUCUAUCAGAAGGAACACUGGAACUAUUUUGGGGUAGAUGAGAGCCUGGGUCCAGUAGCUGUGAGCAUUAGAAGAGAAAAACCGGAUGAAAUAAAAGAAAAUGGACCUCUAUAUAACUACCGCAUCAUUUUCAGAACCAGUGAGCUUCUGACUUUAAGAGGCUCUGUGCUGGAAGAUGCUAUCCCUUCAACUGCAAAGCAUUGCACAGCCAGAGGACUUCCCCUAAAAGAAGUGCUUGAACAUGUGGUUCCUGAGCUGAAUAUCCAUUGCCUCAGAUUGGCUUUCAACACUCCUAAAGUCACAGAGCAGCUUAUGAAACUGGAUGAACAAGGGUUAAGCUAUCAGCUGAAGGUGGGGAUCAUGUAUUGCAAAAGUGGGCAGAGCACUGAAGAGGAAAUGUACAACAAUGAGUCAGCAGGGCCAGCCUUUGAAGAGUUUCUUCAGCUCUUGGGAGAACGAGUUCGACUUAAGGGGUUUGAAAAGUACCGUGCUCAGCUGGACACUAAGACUGAUUCAACAGGAACUCACUCUCUCUAUACAACUUACAAGGACUAUGAAAUCAUGUUUCAUGUUUCCACCAUGCUGCCAUACACUCCUAACAACAAGCAACAGCUCCUGAGAAAACGGCAUAUUGGAAACGAUAUUGUGACGAUUGUUUUCCAGGAAACUGGCGCACAGCCAUUCAGCCCAAAGAACAUUCGUUCUCACUUCCAGCACGUCUUUGUCAUUGUAAGAGUGCACAACCCCUGCACUGACAACAUCUGUUACAGUGUUGCUGUGACAAGAUCCAGAGAUGUACCAUCGUUUGGACCACCAAUCCCAAAAGGUGUUACCUUUCCUAAAUCAAAUGUGUUCAGGGACUUCUUACUGGCCAAAGUGAUUAAUGCAGAGAAUGCUGCUCAUAAAUCCGAGAAGUUCCGUGCCAUGGCCACCAGGACUCGCCAAGAGUACUUGAAAGACCUAGCAGAAAAGAAUGUCACCAAUACACCCAUUGACCCAUCUGGCAAGUUCCCCUUCAUUUCACUAGCCUCAAAAAAGAAGGAAAAGUCCAAACCUUAUCCAGGAGCAGAGCUCCAUAGUUCUGGUGCCAUUGUGUGGAGUGUCCAUGCAAAGGACUAUUGCAAGAGUAUGGAAAUAGACUGUCUCUUGGGUGUAUCUAAUGAGUUUGUAGUUCUCAUUGAGCAGGAUACAAAGAGUGUGGUGUUCAAUUGUUCCUGCAGAGAUGUGAUAGGGUGGACUUCAACCGACACAAGCAUCAAACUCUUCUAUGACAGGGGUGAAUGUGUUUCUGUGGAGAGCUUUAUCAACAGCUCCGAUGAUAUCAAAGAGGUCGUAAAAAGGCUGGAGUUUGUGACAAAGGGCUGUGAGACCACGGAGAUGACUUUACGUAGGAAUGGAUUGGGUCAGCUUGGUUUCCAUGUGAACUAUGAAGGCAUUGUGGCAGAUGUUGAGCCCUAUGGCUAUGCUUGGCAGGCAGGAUUACUACAGGGCAGCCGGCUAGUGGAGAUCUGCAAAGUGGCUGUAGCCACUCUAAGCCAUGAGCAAAUGAUUGACCUGCUGAGAACAUCAGUAACCGUGAAGGUUGUCAUCAUUCCUCCCCAUGAGGACUGCACUCCACGCAGGAGUUGUUCAGAAACCUGUCGCAUGCCAGUGAUGGAAUACAAAGUGAAUGAAGGAGUUCCAUAUGAAUUCAAAUUCCCCUUCAGAAACAACAACAAAUGGCAACGAAAUGCAAACAAGGGGCAAGGGCCUCAUAUGUCACAGGUACCAUCCCAGAUACAAAGUCCAGUAACCUCUAGGAUUGGUUCAGGGAAAGGAGAAGGGAAAAUGCCGCCCCAAGAGCGAGCAGCCAACAUUCCCCGCAGCAUCUCUAGUGAUGGACGUCCAUUGGAGAGCCGGCGGUUGUCUCCUGGUUCCGAUGUCUACGUCACAGUUUCAUCCAUUGCCUUAGCAAGAUCACAGCAGUGUCGUAGCUCCCCCAGUAAUCUGUUGUCCUCGAGUGAGACUGGCUCUGGUGGGGGAACCUACAGACAAAAAUCUAUGCCAGAAGGGUUCGGAAUGAGUCGUAGAUCCCCUGCCUCCAUUGACAGGCAGAACACGCAGACAGAUACUGGUGGCAGCGGCAAAUCCACACCAAGCUGGCAGAGGAGUGAGGAUAGUAUUGCUGACCAGAUGGAACCCACAUGCCAUCUCCCAGCUGUAUCAAAAGUACUGCCAUCCUUCAGAGACGGCCCCAGUGGAAGACUGAUGAGGCAGGAUCCUGUUGUUCACUUGUCUCCAAAUAAGCAGGGUCAUUCUGACAGCCACUACUCCAGCCACUCCAGUAGCAAUACUCUCUCCAGCAAUGCCUCCAGUGCCCAUAGUGAUGAGAAAUGGUAUGACAGUGGUGAUCGCACUGAGUCAGAGCUGAACAGCUACAACUACCUUCAAGGGACUUCAGCUGAUAGUGGCAUAGAUACCACCUCAUAUGGCCCCAGCCACGGCAGCACAGCUUCUCUGGGAACCUCAGCAACGUCUCCUCGAUCAGGGCUUACAAAGGAGAAAGUGACACCACUGUGGCAUAGUUCCAGUGAAGUAGUCUCCAUCGCAGACAGGACUUUAGAAAAAGAAAGCCAUGUUGUAGAUCGGAAGACGGAGUCUUCACUAAGCCUGGAUAUUCAUACCAAGAGUCAACCAGCCUCCAAUCCUUUAACAAGAGAGAACAGUGCUUAUAGUCUUAGUGAUGCUGUUUCCCACGCAAGUACCAUGAGCUCACGACACUCUGCCAGCCCAGUUGUUUUCACCAGUGCCAGAAGUUCACCUAAAGAAGAGAUUCAUUCCACUACUUCCCCACAGCUCGCACCUUCUUUCUCCUCCUCCUCUUCCUCCUCCUCUGGUCCUAGGACUUUCUACCCUCGCCAGGGUGCUACUAGCAAGUACCUGAUUGGAUGGAAAAAACCUGGAGGGACAAUAAACUCUGUGGGGUUUAUGGAUACCAGAAAACGUCACCAGAGUGAUGGCAAUGAAAUGGCCCAUCCACGGUUGCGUGCAUCAGCCAGAGAUCUACGGGCAUCACCAAAACGAGCAUCCAAGUCCACUGUUGAGGAAGAGCUGAAGAAACUGAUAGAUCUUGACAGCCCAACGCCAGAGUCCCAGAAGAAUUUUAAGUCUCCGUUCCCUAGCACUCCUACCACAAAGCGUGCCUUGCAGAGGACUCUGUCAGAUGAGAGUAUUUAUAGCGGUCAAAGGGAACACUUCUUCACCUCACGGGCCUCCCUCUUGGACCAAGCCCUGCCAAAUGAUGUCCUGUUCAGCAGCACAUAUCCUUCUCUCCCCAAAUCACUACCCUUACGAAGACCAUCGUACACUUUAGGAAUGAAGUCAUUACAUGGAGAGUUCUCAGCCUCAGACAGCUCCCUCACAGACAUCCAGGAUCAGAGAAAGCAGUCCAUGCCAGACCCGGGUCUUAUGCCCUUGCCCGAUUCUGCCUCCGAUCUGGACUGGUCAAACUUGGUAGAUGCUGCCAAAGCUUUUGAGGUUCAGCGAGCCUCAUUCUUUGCUGCUGGUGAUGAAAACAACAGACCUGUGAGUGCUGCUUCCAAUAGUGAUCAGAUUGAGGACCAGCUUACUGCACAGAUGAAGGCUUACACAGGUAAAGAGUCUCCUCCUAGUCUCGCUUCCAAAGUGGACCAGCUGGAAAGUUUGCUGAAGAUGCUCCAAGAGGAUUUAAAGAGGGAAAAGGAAGACAAAGCCAGUCUUCAGGCAGAAGUGCAACAUUUGCGAGAAGACAACUUACGGUUACAGGAGGAGUCCCAGAGUGCAUCUGAGAAACUGAAGAAAUUCACUGAAUGGGUUUUCAACACGAUUGAUAUGAACUGAGAACAGUAAAUGGGGAAGGAAAACAUCAGUUAUAAAUAAUUGUUAGUGAGACUUCGCUUUAAUGCCACCUUAAUCAUGAUAUGUGAAAGUAUAAUCAGAGCACUUCCCCGCCCUACGUACUCUGAUGGCUCCUUUUUGCGCCUCUGCACGCACUCAGAACAAUCGCAGAUUAACAAUCAUUGUUUGCCUUUUGUAGAAAAACAAAGAAAUAAUUUAAAAAAGGUAAAAUAAAAGUUUAAUGGUUGAAAUGUGAAUGUCUAUUUUUUGCACAUUAUCUCUCUACCUGUUAUGUACAAAAUGAUUGGGAGGCUGGACCAGAAUUGUUCGGUCUAUUUGCCUCUAUUUAUUUCUAUUAACUCCUUUCUAUCUGUUUCAGGUAAUCUGCUUUUCCUUGCUGCUUUGAUAAAUAUUAUGAAACUAGAAAGAAAUGUUUAUUUUGCUGCUUUCCUUACAUUGUUUUCUGAAGUAUGCCACAGACAAGGGGAUGUAAAACAAUGUUUUAGGUGUCUCCUGAAUGAUUUGUGCUUGAUCACUAGUGCUAUCUUCACAUACGUUAUACAGAACAUAUGCCCAUAGUGAAUGGUACAGUACAAUCAGCAUCAAAACAUUGGAAGAGAGAGUAGACACUUGAGGCAUGGAUGAGUCAGAUUAUCACACAUGUCCUUGCAUUAGCACUUCUAGUUGCCUUUGUUUCCUAUGGAAGCAAUGGUUGCCAGGUACUUUAGGAAUAGUGCAACUUGGCAUGCUAAAUGGCUUGCUGCGUCAGGCUGACUGAGAGUAACUGCUGUACUUCUGCUUAAGCCUUGUCUCUGUCCCUCCCCUACCUGAGGAUCUAUUACCUACCUAUAUAUAGUAGGUCCCUGGCUGAAGCUGUAAAAUGUUUGAUUUUUUUUCAAACUGUAUGCAUUUUCUUAUACACCAUAUAUGCCAUGUCAUUGCACCUGUCCUCCUAUCCCCACCCAGUUUGGUCAUAGAACUUUUCAAAUUAAAAAAAGGCAGAAGAAAUGUUUAUUAAUCUCAACUAUAUAGCAGGUCUUUGACAUUAGUAAACUUUUAAUAACCUUGUUUUGGAUAAUGCAAAUGGGGAAAUAUAAAGCUGUAGUUAGAGACUUUUUCCCCUUCCUUACAUAGUGGGACAAGGAGGGAAGCGGUAUUUUAACUCUUGGAUCUCAGAUGUCUGGAUUUCCCAGUGCAACUGGUUAGCAUAAGAUUUAGUUCCCCGCCUGCCUGGCACCAGGAAGAUUAACUUGUUUUUCUUUGAAGGAGCUAUAAACUUGCCAUAAAAUGUCACCUCUCCAGAAAUACCUUUUUGAUGUCACAAUAUAACUCAUACUACAACCUGCACAGAUUUGGAUGCAAGCCACAUGCAGUGAAGUAUCAUCUUUGCCCUUUUCUGUAUGCAUCCACUAACAGCUUCACAUUGAAACACACAUUGCCUUACAUAAGUAACGUAUUAUUUGUCCAUUUCAGGUAUAGCUUCCCCAUCUUUCCCAGUCACCCACUCUUGCAAAAGAAAUAAUCAGUGGGAAUCUUCCAAGCUCUCUCUGGUGCCCUUUUUCAUGCUCUUUAAUCCUACUACACAGAAACUUGCUACACUUUGACCUAAAGCUUGAUUUGUGGUGAUAAUCCCCAUGAAUUCUUCUCUGAUAAUGUUUUUCAUGGAAAUGAAUCUAUUUGGAACUAUUUCUGGAGUGCUUUUGUAAAGGUUGAGAAUGUCCUGUUAUUUUUUUAAAAAUGACUUGUAUGAAGGAGAUUUGUAUAAUGCCUGAUAUUAUUUGUAAAUGGGAAAUAUUGCUAACAUCCCUGAGCAUCCUGAAGUCUUGCUUAUUCUCUUCAAUUUUUAAGUUUGUUUUGGUUUUUAUUUUAUUUUUAAAAAGUUUUGGGACUUGGGGCAGACUAUUUAUUAGAGUUUUGCAACAGAGUUCUUGUAUGAAGCCUCUAAAGGCAACUUGUAAAAUUCUGACAAUAAAACUCAUU